GAUAGUAGUUGUGAGAUGGAGUUAAAGAUUUGCAAGAUAAAUCAUAGUUUUGAAAGAAAAAAUUAGUAACUUAUCAAGCAUCUGGAGAAGUGGAGAAAUUUUGAAGUUUUUUUAGAUGAAUGUGGGAUGUUAGUUGAAUCUAGUUAGGGAAAGAUAUCCGUGAGGAAAUGAGAUUUUUAAAAGUAAAUAGUAAUAAAAUAGUGUGUGUAUUCAAAUAUUUAAUAUUUAGAAAUUGUAUUUCAGUGUAUUUAUUUAUAAUUUUCAGUACAUUUUAAUCAAUAUUUGUCGUGAAUUUGAUUUCUUGUUUCUGCUUAAUUUAUAUAUCAAGUUAGAGGGAUCAAGAAUGACUAAUUAAUGAAAUUUGAAAGACUAAUCGAAUUCAAUUUGACAAUAUUGAGACAAAUUUAAUAAAAGAAUCAAAGUCCAAAGAACCCGCUAGCCAACUUCGGCCCUGAAAUUUGGUCGAACUCGACAAAAGAAAUAGAAUCUUCAUAGAAUUACCAAAAGCAAGCUACAGUGCUCUCCUGACAUCGAAUCAAGAUAGAGGUUGUUGUUCCACAUCAACCUCAAGACACAACACAUCCUGCGCAAACCAUCGCUCUUCGAAGGCAAAGUUUGAGUGUUUUUUCUGUUCCCUGGCAACAGUAGGGCAGAAAUUGAGCUCUGUUUGUCAUGUUUCUUCGGCGAGCUGCAGUGGCAUUGCCCCACUCGAGAAGGUUCUUUAGUACUGACAAAACUUAUGAUAUUUCUAGUGUCAUUGAAGAAAUGAAUAAGGAAAUGGAAUCAGUCUUUGGUGAAUGUCCUCCAAGUGAAUUUGCUGGUUCUAGCAAUCAAGCGGUUGGAGAAUCCCGUUUAAAACCUCAUGGACUCGCCAGUUCUAAUAGUGAAAAUUUUAGCAGGUCUCAAGAAUCCCAAUUUGCACAUCAAAAAAUGAAUCAUAACCCUGUUGGGCUAACCCACAUUGGAAGUGCAGGAGAGGCCCAAAUGGUGGAUGUGUCUCCAAAAGAAAACACUCAGAGAAUUGCUAUUGCUAGUUGCAAAGUAAUUCUUGGCAAGAAGGUGUUUGAUAUGGUCUUAGCCAACCAAAUGGCCAAAGGCGAUGUCCUUACCGUGGCCAAAAUUGCUGGCAUAAAUGGAGCAAAGCAUACUAGCAGCUUUAUCCCAUUAUGCCACAAUAUCAUGCUAACCCAUGUUCGUGUUGAUCUAGUGUUGAAUCCGGAUGAUCACAGUGUCAAAAUUGAAGGGGAAGCUGCUUCAUCUGGGAAAACUGGGGUUGAGAUGGAGGCAAUGAUGGCCGUGACGGUUGCUGGCCUAACUGUUUAUGAUAUGUGCAAGGCCGCUUCUAAGGAAAUUCAGAUGACGGAUGUGCGGCUUGAGCGUAAAACUGGUGGUAAGAGUGGGGACUGGUCCAGGGAGUAGUGGUAUGUUUGAUUGAAGAAUGUACUGUUGGUAUUGCCAAAUGACAUGAAGGUUAUUGCAUUAAAGUGUUCCUUUGUUUUUCAAGGAAGUUGAUGAUCAAAUGAAAUGUUUAUCGUCAAAGAUUAGUUUGAUAUUUUAUAUUUGAUGUUAGAAUUUGUAGUAUAGUGCACCUUUUGUAUGUCAAUAAGCUGUUGCGCAUGCCAAGGACAAGCUUUUUAAUCAUAUUUGCCUUAAUUCUACA